CUAGUAGUGUUAUUAUUAUACAUAGCAUCCUAGUUCAUAUUGGAUUCUAGUAGUGUUAUUAUUUGCACUUACUGUAAACUACACUGUGUUUCAAUAUGAAGCUUGCAUUGUAACCCUGCGCUGCCCUGUAACACCUGCGUGAGUCGCCUGGGAUAAAGGGGUCUGCUAAAUCAAUACAGUAAUUAUUAUUAUUAUUAUUAUUAUUAUUAUUAUUAUUAUUAUUAUUAUCUGUGCAGUCCUAACACAUUGCCACUGCUGCAGCUGUGGGCUUCUCCAGCGCAAUGCAACAGCAUUCAUGAGAUAAUGUGGGCAUUGUCCUUUAGCUGGCUUGUGGCACAUGCCAACAGGAUGUGAGUAAUACGCUUUGGCACCCUAUCUGUGUGAUCGCUUGGCUCCCUUUUGAUCCCAGUCCAGCAAUAACUGAAAGGCACACACACAGUCUCUCAACGGGUGCUGUGCAUGCCUGCGUCGCUGCGUUGUCUCAUCCAAUCCUCUCUGCGAGAAACUUCCAAGUUUUUUUUUUCUAGUUUGUUUCUUUUAUACAACUCUGUGGUUGUCUUUUUUUAAAAUAAAUAAACAGUGUGAUCUGUGUGCAAGAUGUCCUGGGAGCGAUGCCAGCAGCCCUCCAGGCACAAGCUGCAGCGCAGCCUGUCUCCUGUGUCUCUCUGCCUGGCCUCGGGGGCCCUGCUCGGGCUGCUGGCCUGCGCCGCUGCUCUCUACGCUCAGCGUCUGCAGAUAGAGGGCUUGCGAGGGGAGCUGGCGGAACUCGGAAUGCUCGUGCGAGCCAAUGGGAGGCCGCAGAACCUCCAGAGAGAACCUUCGGAGGAGCUGGGAGGCUGCGUUGCUGGGCAAUGUCAGGGCCGCUAUGCGGAUUCUGCAGCCGCGCAGCUCCGGGGUGAAGACUCAUCCAGCCGGCGGAGGAGGCAGUCCGACAAAGAGGAACGCGGACGAACACGGCGGCGCUCUAUUCUACACCUGGUGCCGGUUUCCACGGAAACGUACGAAGCUGUGGACAGCACUGUAAUCCUCUGGAGAGCCAGCUCCUUGCAGGGGAACGCCUUUGAACCGAGCCCAGCUGCCACUGCCAUCAAGGAGGAUGGAUUCUACUACAUAUACAGCCAGGUCUUGUUCCACGACUGGACCUUCUUGAUGGGUCAGGUGGUCAUGAAGGUAGGGGGGGGAGAGAGCAGAGGGAACGAGUCGACCAGACUGCUGACUUGCUUCAAGAGCAUGCCGGAGAACGCAGAGCAAGCUUACAACACCUGCUUCAGUGCCGGCGUCUACUUUCUGGAGAAAGGCUCUGUGCUGCAGCUCUCCGUUCCGCGGUUCAACGCUGGGAUCCAGCUAGUGGAUCACUCCACCUUCAUGGGGGUGAUCCAGCUUUAGCAGGGCGCUAGACACACACAGAGACAGUCUGAACGAAUGUCACUUUCACCCCCGCCCCUUUUUUUGAGAAAUGGUUUGUGCCAGAAGACUUUUGUUUUUCAGUGCACGAGGAGAGAGACCCGAGACAAGAAAAAAUAAACCUUACAACAUUAUUUACACGUUUGUAUGUGUGAAGAAUAUUAUGUAUUUAAAAUAAAUAAAUUAAUCAAUAAAUAAAUAAAUAAAUAAAUAAAUAAAUACAAUGUCUGUACCCUUUUAUAAAAGUGCAUUCUAUUGCGCAUUCAUUAUAGGUAUUAAAAAAACUGUAUACAGUACAACUAUAAAAAAUGUGGAUUUCAAAAACUUGUGAUGUCAUAACACAACAUUGUGAUGUCAUAACACAGACUCGUGAUGUCACGGCCAGGGUUGCCUAACAAAACAAAAAAACUACGAGUUUGUCAAAGUCAAACAUGGCUAAACGGAGGCCGCCCGCGAGUCGCGGGGUGAGAGCGGCGAGGUCACGAAGCAACGGAGGGCUUCGAGUUCUUACAGGCGGGAGCGGGGGCUCCCAGGGCGGGAGGAGCGCUCUCUCGGCUCCCCUAACCCGCGGACGGGAGCGGAGCGGGCACUCUCACGCCGCGGUCAGCGUGUUACUGUUCCUGAUGGAAGUGUUCUGCUCCACGAUCUUCCUGCUACCGUGAACUUAUAGCUGAAUUAAAGACAAAUAAAAACACAAUACUCCUGGGCGGCCUCGUUGCAAACAAAAUAGUAU